CGUCGCUGGCCUCUGAAAUGGGCACUAAUCAUCAGCCCUGAUUUCACUGCUGAUUUCUGUCACGGACUCAUCGAAAAAGCCCGAAACUCGAACCCUCGGCGACACCAUGACAUGCCCGGGUAGCGUGAUGGACGAGCUGUGCGAGCGGUUCCCCGAGCUGAUUGCAGUGGCGCCGUGUUUGUGGCUGUCGUCAGACCUCGCCUCUCGCUAACAUCGUCCGCGUGUAGUACAGAGCACCAUGAAGCCGGCUCACGAGCGCAACCAGGAGUGCCUCCCUCCAAAGAAGCGCGACCUUAACAAUGCUUCCACCAUUCCUAAUAAUAAUAAUAACAGCAGCAGUAGUAGUAGUACUGGAGGAGGUGGAGGAGGAGGUGGAGGGGGAGACGAAGCGACAAUGUCUCAGAGCUCUGGGUCGGGCGGAGAAGCUCAGGGUGGAAGCGGAGGUGGCGAAUGGGUCCGGACUCAACCUAACCUGCAUUACGGAGUGGAUGGGCCCGAGAGCAUCGCCCCGGGGUUACCUGUGGAUCAGUUCGGCAUGGUGUAUAAAGUCGCCGUUCCGUCGGUCACCUACUCGCCCACCAGCCUCCACCCCGUGCUCGGGCAUAUCUCUCCAGCCUACACGGUUCCCUCGUCGCUCCUCCAGCACACCGGCAUCCAUUACCCUCCUCUCGGCUAUGCCCCCAUCCCGCAGUUCGUCAGCCCUCAGUACGCCGCCGCCGUUCCCUAUGCAGUCCCCCCGGGCUUCGUCCACAGCCCCUUGAUCCAGGCUCAGUCCCACCUGGUGCCCUAUCCGCCCGUCAUCCAGGAAGGUGUGGUCUCGUCCCCGCCUCAGCAACAAGUCGCGGCUCACACCUACGCCAAAGUGGGAGCCGCAGGAGGCGUCCCGUUGGUGCUGACGUCCGAACAGGUUGCGGCGGCAGCGACAGCCGCCGCGUCUUCUUCGUCUGCGCAACAGCAGCACAGUCUAAGCGCGAUCGGGAUGAUCCCCACGGCAGAGCGCGUCCCCGUGUUUUAUCACACGUCAGCGGCCACUGAACGUGCCGCGCAGAAUCAGGAGCACGCUCGAGAGGUGAACGGUGGGGAACGGGAAAACGGCAGGGACAGCAUUCAGGACGUGGUUUACGUGCCGAGGAACGCAGCAGCGCGGAUGCAGCAAGGAAGAGCAUCUCCGGGUCAGCGCACCACCCCGGAUAUCGACCUCGAGGUCCAGCAAGUGGUGGGGCGUCUGGCGUCUCCGGUCCGCGUUCGCAGAGAAGUAGCGCACGGCUCGUCUCAGGGUGGCAGAGAGGGUCAGGGGGAGAGCAGGACGCCGUACACGUUGCACCCAGGCGGUCAACCGGACCCUCAGACAGCGCAGCCCGGUGGUCAUACAGUGAUCCUGCAGAACGGGCAGCCGGUUCUCAUGCCACUGGACUACCAUCAUCAUCAUCAUCAUCAUCCUCCUCCUCAUCCUAAUAACGACGCUGCAGCCGAAACGGCAAAACACAAAAUCUCAGAAGAGUCGGGUGUAGCUGAGCGGGUGCUGGCGGUGGAGCUGCCCUCCGCCCCGGCCGCGGCUGCGCCCCCACCCUCACACUUCACCAAGGGCGCCAUCAUCCAGUUAGCAACGGGCGAGCUGAAGCGCGUGGAGGACCUGAAGACGAACGACUUCGUACGCAGCGCCGAAGCGAGCACGGGGCUAAAGAUCGACUCGAGCAUGGUGGUGGAUAUACGCGCUAGCUCGCAGAGACCUGGCUUAGUCGCACUACGCUUUGCUGUCGGCGAGCGCCAGAGCAAAGUGAGCAUCGACGUUCCACCCGAGCAUCCGUUCUUCGUCUUCGGUCAGGGCUGGUCAUCCUGCAGCCCGGAACGCACCGGCCAGCUCUACGGCCUCUCCUGCCACCACCUCCAGGUGGGGGAUGUCUGCGUGUCCAUCACCCUCCAGCAGCACUCCGCGCCUCACCAAAUGCCGCCGUCGGUUCCCCAGCAGCCGCAGCAGCCGACCCACAGCAGGACUUCCACCAAAGCCAACUCGAUGUCAGGAGCCUCCUCCGGCCAGCCCAUGGGCCCCCCAGCGCCUCACACCCCGCGGCCUCAGGGGCAGCUCAGGAUGGAGCGCGCUCACAGAGAGCGAGCCGACAGGGAGGAGCCCUUGAAGCCGAGCGCCUCGGGACACGGGGACGCGCCCUCCAGACCCGAAAGGACUUCCGCGGAGCACACGCGCAGCCAGAGCAGUUAUUAUUUGCACACCGAGGCCCACGGGCCCUCACAGAGGCGUUGGUCCACCCCCGGUUUCCAAAGAUACCCCAUCAAGAGGGAGGAGGGAGGCCUGGCCGCGCCGCCGCCGCCGGGCUCCUCUCGGCCCUCUUUUAUCCCUCAGGAGGUCAAACUAUCCAUCGAGGGGCGCUCCAACGCCGGGAAGUAGCAUCAGAUCAGACUGCAGGGCGUAGAAGAGGGGAAGAGGGGAGGAAAGUGUCAAAAAACGAAAAGAGAAAGAGAGAAUGUAGCCUAAGAAUGUUUUUUUUUUCUUGUUGUCGUCUUUUUUUUUUUUUUCUUUUGACAUUUUGCACACGAAAGAUUUUAUACACACGCACCCUCUUGUUUUCAGGCAGCCCGAGAGCACUCGGGAGAGAGUAAGUGCCAGUUCAUAGGGAUGGCAAGAGCUCCGACCAUCUGGACCGACUGCCCCAGCUGAUGCUUCACGACCCAUUUACAGUAGAAACAGGACUGAGACUAAAACAGAGUGAGUGAGAAAGUUCUAAUGGUUAAAACUUUUUGUUUGUUUUUUAAAUCGAUUAAUUGUGUACUUUUAAAAUCUUACUUUUUUGGCACUAAGUAACACUGCUUUUUUUUCCUUUAUUUGAUUUUAUUUUUUAAUUAUUGUUUUUUUUUUUUACAUGACCACAUAACCAGUUUUACAAGAAAACAAGCGUCUUUCGUUUAGCGCAUAAAAGAUCCUGCAAAAUAUAUGCAAUGACGUGUAUGUAAUCUUCAAUCCUCAAGUAUAAUCCAGGUUAUAUGAACUUUGUAUAGUGGAUUUUAAUCUUGUAUGGCCGUACCAGUAUGUAUUAAUUCUUCUCAGAAGCCUUAGAAGUUGUCUACCCAAAGUGCUCCCUUAGACACCCUACACCUACCUGAACUUUACAAAGCAUUAAUAACUAUAUUUUGUUGCUUUUUUUUUAUCUUUUAUUUUAAUUUGUACCCUUUUUUUGGAAUAAAAUAGAUUUGUACUGUAUAUUUGUACCUCUCUGUGAACUACUUAGGGCAGUUUUUUUUCCCUUUUGUUUGGUUUUUGUCUUUUUCGUUUUCGCUGUCUUAAUUCUAUGUACGGACACAAAGAUAUUGUAUUUUUAUUGUUCCAGCUAACUUCUUGGAAACAGUGCAUUUAUCAUGUUUGUUAAGUAAACACAAUAUAAUAUAUAUA